ACCUUGGUCUUUUUAACCCAGGGCUACCGGUCGACGUGCCUGUGUGGCUGGCCCUCAAUCUGAAGGAUAGUGCCACCAGAGUGGAUGGAUGUAGAGAAACUGGAGGAGAUAAGAGAGCUAGAGAGGAAGGAAGACACAUUCACCCCUGUCCCCAGUCCAUACUACAUGGAGCUGACCAAGCUGCUACUCAAUCAUGCAUCUGAUAACAUUCCCAAAGCGGAUGAGAUCCGCACACUGGUGAAGGACAUCUGGGACACGCGCAUCGCCAAGUUCCGCCUCUCCGCUGACAGCUUCAUCAGCCAGCAGGAAGCACACGCCUUGCUGGAUAACCUAACUCUGAUGUAGAUUAACAUGACACAGUCGUUCCGGCUGGACACUCUCAACUGCAUGUAUAAACUGCGUUGAAACCUCCAGCUCGGCUCCAGUGGGGGCAAAGCCCAGCACCACUGAUCUGUAUUUACGGACUAGAACUGGACCUGGGCCGCAGCCUCUCCUCUCCAAAGCAAGAUGGAGCAGACUUAGGCCCAGCUAUACUAAACAUUUGCACCGGCUGCAAAGUAAAAUAACGGAAUCACGGAAUCCAGACAUUAAAACAGAAUUCAACUAAAUUCUAAAAUGCAUUGAACUUAGUAGGGAAUGUUAUUGAACAUUAAUUAGCCCAAGUUUAUCAUAAGGCAUGAACAGAAUGCAU